AUGCCAUCUGAAAAGGAGCAGGUGUUUUGUGAUAAAAAGCAAAUGAAUUUGUUAAAACACAAUGCUGCAAAUAAUUUUUCUACAGAUACUUUGGAAAAAGCACUGGUGAACGAUCCUUUAAGUAUGAUGACUCAACCAGCAAUUUUAUAUGGUGAUCUCGCGUAUGAACUAAAGAAUGUGAAAAUUGAUUUGCCCAAGGUGAACAUUCCAAAUGAAGUAUUAAUGAAACAUGAAGUUGAUAGAUUUAGAAAACUCUUUCAGUGUAAACAGCAAACUGCAAGGAAGUCCUUAAGUCUAGAGAAAAUAAACGGAAGCAGUCCCAAUUGUUCAGAGGGAAGCCACUUGCAAAGUAAACCAGAAGUGCAAUUUGAAAAAGGGUUGAAAACUACAGUGAAGAUACUGAAUUUCACUUGUACGAAGUGCAAAGAUAACAUUAGAUACAGCCCAAAUGAUCUACAGAAACAUUUUCAGCUGUUACACUAUGGCGAGUUGCCUUCGUAUCCUUGUGAAAUGUGUAACUUCUCGGCUAAUGACUUCCAGUCGUUCAAACAGCAUAGACGCACCCAUCGUAGCACUUUAGUAAAAUGUGAGCUCUGUAAUGAUGAGCAGGUGUACACUUUGUUGGAUUUGACAAAACACUUCACAUCAAAGCAUUGUGUAAAUGGUCACUUUCGAUGUGAAAAAUGUGGGUUUUCUACCCAGGAUGUGGGCACAUUUGUUCAGCAUAUUCACAGACAUAAUGAGAUUCCAUAUUCAUGUGAAAAAUGCCAUCACGUAAGUUUUACAAAAGAGGAGUUCCAGAAACAUCAUCUUGUUCAUACCAGUAUGUUUCCUUUUGGUUGUCAAUACUGCAGUUACAGGACACCACGGAAAGAUUAUCUUUUGAAACACAUCAUAGCUUUGCACAGAGACCACUUAUAUGCAAAAGAAGAACUGGAAAAGGAUAAAUGUGAAGAAAGAAUAGUGAAGACUCCAGCAGGACUGAAGCUUGUGUUAAGAAGGUGUAAAAUGGGACCAUCCAAAAAAGCAUUCUGGAGACGGAAAAAAGUAAGCAGUGGAAGUGACAAAACUGGAGAAAAAAAUGCACAAGUGCUAAGAAGUGUGAAUAAGAUUCAAACAAAAGCUGAGGAGCUGAACCAGUGUGUGAGAGAUAUGGAAGAAAAUGAAGAGAAAGAUCAAAUUAUCUAUACAGAAAAGCAUAACUUCACGGGUGGAACGCUCUCUGCUACUAAUGCACAAUACAAUAAAGCAGAUGAUGAAACAAGUUAUGGCCUGGGAUUACUGAAAAAUGCUGUUCAUGGGCCAACAGUACUGACGGUGAAAAACAAUAAAAUAUCUGUUCCACCAAAUUACAGUGCUAAAUUUAUGGGAUUUAAAAUGGUAGAUGGAAAACAACAUAUUGUUAUAAAAUUAUUACCUACAAAUAAGCAAAAUUUACAUUUGUUGGGUCAGAAAGUUGAUCCUGUUAAAGAUGGUUCUACAACUCCUUUGCUACAGACUGCUGAUCCCUGUGGCUUGUCUUCAGGUGCUAUACCGUAUGUAACUGAUCAGUCAACCUUAAAGAACAACUCUGUUCAUCCAUUAACCUCCUCUCUGUUUUCUUGUUCUGCUCCUCAUUCAGGAAAAACAAAAGUAGAAAAACAAAAUAACUGUUUAUUGUAUGGUAGCAGUGUUUCUCAAACUGUAGCACCUUCUAAUGUAGCUGUAGGAAAAAGUUUGAAUUAUUUGCCAGUGAAGUUGGGCUCAGCUGUACCUCCAUGUGAUGAGGUGACAAAAGUUGGAACUCGAAGUAAUAUUUCGUGGGGAAGCUACAGUCCUCCAAGUCAUCCUCAGGUGUUACCACCCCCUAUUACAAAUACGCUUCACUAUGACUCUAUGAACAUGCCCUUCUUUUCGGAACUGAAAAUGCAAAAUGGUGGCCUGAGUAAUAGUAAUGGAACUAAUAAUCUCUAUUAUUCAACUUCAGUGGAUUCUUCUAAUGAAGGGUUGCUGUCUUUUCACAACUAUUCAAAAGUGGACACUUCGGAUAAUCAAUGUAGCAUUUGGAUGUCAACAGAUGACAGAUACAAAGAAUUUAUAUCUAGCAAAACAGUUCCUUUUCAAAACAGUAGAAGUGAAUCUGCGUCUUCAUAUUCAGAGUUGAUGAAAGGCUUAAAACCAGAGAAAGUUGUAUCAGCCCCAUCAAAUAUUAAUAAAACUUACAUAAACACUAAGAAUAACUCUGCGUCUUCUAAAAACCAAUCUAAAUGUGUUGACAGCGAGUGUUUUAUGGAGGACCAGCAUAAUGGCCAGCAGUAUUUGGAUACUAACAUACAUCAAGACUUUGAGAACGUAGCUGAAAAAUUCCAAGAAAAUGCUUCUGAUUGUGUUAACUCAGUCUUAAUGCCUAAAAUCACAUCUGUUUUCUCAUUGCAGAGUGAACAGGCAGCUAAUUAUUUAUCACCUGAAAUAAACCAGUUACUACAAGAUGUGCUAAAAGCAAAAGCAACUACUCAGCAAGAAUCUCACAGCAAGUCAAAUAACUGUGUAAAGCUUCAUUCUGACAAGCUGCUUUCUGAUCAUGAGACAGGGAAUAAAGCCUUUACACAUUUAAAAAGCUCGGCAGCUGCAAGUGGUUUUCAGAGGCCUCCUUCUCAUUUAGACUUUCAUUUAUAUAAGAGAGAGUUGAACACAAGAUGUAGCACAAAUGAAGGUACACAUUGUGGGAUUGUGGAUUGUGGGAGAGAAAGACCAACACCCAGAACGUCUUUUGAUUCACAGGGAAUAAAUAAAUUAUCCAGAACUCCAGAUGUUGGUACGUUGCUAAAAACACAUACCGAUGCAAUCAUAACACAGCAGUUAGUAAAAGAUAAAAUACUGUCUACAACCCAAAAUCCUAGCAGCUUUUUGCCUGUUCUUCAGGAACAGAAGAAAACCCUUUUAGUUCAGUCCCCUCCAUCAGGAUUUUUUGUUCCUUUGCACCUUGCUAACCAGCCUGGACUACAGGUGGUUUCAGGAAAAUCUCUUCCGUCAACCAGUUCAUCAGAUGGGCAUGUGACUAAAGGCGUACCUGCAUCUUUUGUUUUAAGUAAAGGACCUGGAAUGAUUUUGACUUUUAGCGGGGCAAUUGGAACAGUUGCAAAUGUCCCUAGUGAUAGUUCUCAGGUUUUAGGGAGAGUUGCAUCCAGAGAAUAUGGUAAAAUAACCAUACCAGUUUCAAAAAUGGAGGGGAAAAAUGACGGUUUCAGAAGUGUAAGAACUUCCUGCAAUAGGAGAGCAUGUAGCACAGCGAAUGACUCAUUGAAUAGCAUGCCAUUCAAAGGACCUCUUGUAAUUACAAACUCAUCGGAGUCAUCUGUGAAAGGAAUUUCUUCUAUGAAGAUGUUAUCAGAGCAUGAGGAUGCUGUCUUUGGUUCCUUGGAGUCAGUAAACCAACAGGAAAUUAAACAGAAACAACGUGUUUAUGCACUUUUGCCUGAUGGACAGCAGGCAGUUUUUCUGAAAUGUAUGACACCAAACAAGCCUGUAGUUCAUAAACAUAGUGUUUUUCAGGAUAAUGCUCAUUAUCAAAAUUGUCAACCAAAGAAAACUGGAGCCAUGCAACAAAAGCUUUUGCUGAAAAUUAAGACUACUUCAGAUGCACUGGCUGAUACCACUCAGUCAGUAAGCAACUCAGUGCCCUCACUACAGCUGGAUAACCUGCAGUCCCUUACUCCUGCACUAGCACAGAAACAAACUAAUCUUUCUUCUAAUGAUGCCUUAAUCUUACCAGGUAGGUUAAUGCCAGCAAAUGCCUCUUUGGCAAGCUCUAAUCCAGCCUGUUGUGUUCCUCCUGCAGAACCUGUUUAUUCUACCAAUUCUGCAGGGACACAGUUGCAAAAAGGUUCUAUUGAGAGUACGCAAGUAAUAACUGCUAACAACAGGAAUAACUGUGGUGGUCAGAAGUCCACGUGGAGCACUCGGAACAGAACUGCAAAAGUAAAACCUCGUUUAAAACAAACUGGGUCUAAAAGUUCAGAAACUGUGGGUGUGCAAAGAAACAAGAAUUUCAAACGGAAAAGUAAGGAUAAUUGCCCAGAACCUCCAAGAAAGAAAGUAAUGUUGCACAGAAAGUGUAAGGAAAAGAAUCAAGUGGAAGUUGAUAGUGAAUCAGGUGGCCCUUACAAACCAAGGGCAUCAAAAGAAACUGUAAGGACUUUGAAAUUACUUCCUUUUAAUUCUAAACAGCUUGUAAAAUGCCCUCGGAGAAAUCAGCCAGUUGUUGUGCUUAACCAUCCUGAUGCAGAUGUUCCAGAAGUUGUAAAUGUAAUGAAAACCAUUGCUAAAUUUAAGGGACAUGUUCUUAAGGUUUCAUUGUCAAAAAGAACUAUCGAGGCGCUUCUGCAGCCAGCCUUCUGCAACCCUUUGGACGUAACUACUGAUGAUCUUUCUCAAAAGAGGCACAGGACAAUAAAACCUAUUAGCCCUGUAAAAGAAAGAUUUGUCUUAAAAUUGACACUGAAAAAGACUAGCAAAAACAAUUAUCAGAUUGUGAAAACUACCUCUGAUAAUACUUUGAAAGCUAAGUUUAGCUGCUGGUUUUGUGGUAGAAUAUUUGACAAUCAGGAUAAUUGGGUAGGACAUGGACAGAGGCAUCUGAUGGAGGCUACUCGAGAUUGGAAUUCAUUAAUGUAG